AUGGCGACCAGCUUGAAAGGACGAGAUGCCACGAUCGAGUGGUUUGGCGCAACGACCUUCCGUCUCAAGGUGAAAGGCCUGACCAUCUUCCUUGAUACGUGGCUGGAGCGGCCUUCGUCUAUACCCACAUACCUCAAGAUCGAUGACGUCCAGGAGUGUGAUUAUAUCUUCAUCAGUCAUGCCCACUUUGACCAUCUCCCUGGCGCCGACCGUCUCGCCAAAAAGACAGGCGCUAUCAUCAUUGCCAACGGCGAGGCCAUCAACGUGAUGCGCACAGCCGGCGUGACCGAGACCCAGCUCCAACCCGUCGCAGGAGGCGAGCGCAUCCCGCUGUUCACCAAAGCCCAGCGAGACGAGGCCAUCGCCAGACACAAAGCCGACGAAGCAGCAGGCAAACUUCCUCCUCCUGGACCCAAAUUCCCGCCAACACCUCACCACGCCGAGGCAGUCAUCGACGUCCACGUCUGGCCGGCGCUGCACUGCAUGCUCCCUCCAGGCGACCACGCCGCGCUGCCCGAGGUCAUGGACACGGGGGCCGUGUACACUGGAGACGGAGGUAAUCCCUACGCAUGCACCAUCGACAUCACGCGCAAUAUGACGUACGGCUUUGGCGGCUUGAUGAAAAUUCCCUCCCAUACACUGCCUUCGCAUCUGCCCGAGGACUUUAGAACUUUCCUGCCGUACAUGAACGACCGCGAGAGGAACAAAUAUUCUUUUUACGAUGGGGGCCAGCUGCUGUUCAACUUCCUGCUGGAUAAGAACGAGGGGGGGAAGGGCGAUGCAGCUGGGCCCACCACCACGCUGCUCUGGCACGGACAUUUGGGCUGUUACGAUGGCAUCAUGAAAACCAUCGAGCCCAAGCCUGACGUGGCGAUCCUGGCCAUCGCAGGCAGGGCUAAUCUGAACGGGCGCCCCUUUGACGGGUCAGCGGCCGAGUUUGCUGUGAAGCAGGUGCAGUGGCUUGGGGAGCCAAACAAGGUCAUUUGGUGUCUGCAUGAUGAGGCGCCCAUCAUUCCCAAGAGGAUCGACACGACGGCUGCUACAGAGCUGGUGCACAGGGAGACGACGUCUAGAGUUGUCGACCUGGAACAUAUCAAGGCCUAUAAGGUUUUUGAGUGA